ACAUUUAUUAUAGUAAUAAUAUAUGUUUCAAAAUAGUCGUAGUGAAAAUAGCUAAGAAACCCAAUUGUUUUGGAUUGGCUAUGUGGUUAUAUACCAGUGGGAACAAAAUAGUGAAAUCCACAUAGCGCGCGUGAUUUUUUCCAUGGCCACUCUCAUUCUCCACACUUCCACUCCCUCCCAAUUCACCUUCCAACCUAAUACAAUUCCAAACCCUAAUUUCAUUUCUCUCAAUCUCAAUUUCAACAAACGCUCAUCACGUUCCACCUCUUCCCUUCGCGCAACACACCAAGAUUCCAACCCUCAAACUCCACAAGAUGGCGAGGUCGACAAUUUGGGAGUUAAAGCUGCUCUUUCCAUCUUGAGAUUCUACAAAAGGGAAAUUUCGCCAAUCUUGCCGAGGAGCUGUCGUUACGUUCCAACUUGCAGUGAGUAUUCCAUGGAGGCAUAUAAGAGGUACGGUGUUUUGAAGGGUACAACUUUGACUGUGUGGCGUCUGUGUCGUUGCAAUCCUCUUGGUGGGUCUGGAUAUGAUCCUCCAAGAUGGUUUGGUGAGAUUAGACAAGGGGAAGAACUUGACGAUUGAUUAAUUUCUAGUGGCCAUAUUUUGAAUCGGUUUCCGCUGGGAUUUUCCUGAGCAAAGUGGCUUAUGAUGUCAAAGAUCUGAGAGUUGCUUGCUCUAUCACUAGUUAUCGGCUUAAUAGCACUUGGUAAGCCUCCAAACUCAAUGUCAUCUUCAUCAUCAGAGACACCACUCUGGUGGACUGGAUUAAGAGUCUCGAAGCAUAUAAUUCCUUCAAAGCAGUCUUCUAAUCCAAGUAUGUUCAGUGUCUUGAGAGCAUGAACUUUGUCUGCAUUUGUGAAGAUCUAUCGACAAAAACAAGAGAAGCAAUAGUAAUAGUUAGAUCAUAUUAUACACCUUCUGCGACCUUAUUCUACGAGUAAAAGUUCGUUUUGGCCCUUUCGAUUAUAAACAACUUACGAGUUUCCUAUA